CAGGUCAAACUGAAAGAGUUGAUACAAGCUUUCGUCCUGUUUUCAUUGGCACAUAUUCACAAAGUUUUAUGUUAGAGGAUUCGAUUAGCUCGGAAGGUUCUGGUGGAUUGGGUGGUGUUAGUGUUCGCGUUCAAGGCGAAGGAAGAGCGGAUGUAUCUAAUCAAAUAAAGGUUGAUACAAAAAAAAGUGGAUCGAGAACGAUGGACUUUGAAGUUUCCGAAUCUGAAAUUCAAAUUCCUGCUACCAGAAUUGGGAAACGUAGAUCAGUUGGAAUUAAUAUAAAUAAUCCCUCAAAUCAACUCGUAAGGAUAAAGUGCAAAUGUGAAGUAAUGGGAAACUCAGGCUCAAUUCCUAAUUUGUCAAUACCUUUGUCAAGUGUUCAAAUAAAACCGCAUGCAUCUGUUACCUUACCGGUACGUUUUCAACCAAGAGAAGUGGGUGAAGUUCGGGCUGUUGUCAAGCUACAAGCUAUCGGUAGAGCAGAGGUUUUGGUGGAUAUUAUUGCGAAAGGUGUGCAAGAUACUCCUAUCGCUACUGAGACAUAG